CAUCAACCCUAAUGCGGCCGCCUCCAUGUAAACCCUACUCUUCUACAAAAACCUAAUAUUCCAAUCUCAGACACACUCACACAGAUUCAGCGGAAUCGAAUUCCAUCCCUUCACUCUUUCUCUCUCUUUCUGCAACUUCAUACACAGCAAUGUCGGCGUUCUCAGCUCGCCAGAGAACUAUCUCUCCUUCUUCCUAGCGUUAACCCACAUUUUCAGUGAAGUAAAAGCAAGCAAUGCCAAAGCUCCAACCUCUGCGCUCUCUCUCUAGGGUUCUCCUCCGAAGGUCUCCUCGUUUCAUGGACUCGCUUGAGAUUUAGGGCUUUUUCGAGGCAGAUUACUUAUAAAAUGAGUGGUUCUUCACUAUUGAUCGAGAAUUUCAAUGGCGUCUCCGAUGAAUGCUUUGAUGAUAUCAUCCAAUUUUUUGAUUUCCCGUUGGAAGAUGUGGAAGGGAAUGUGGGAGGUGAAGAUUGGAAUGCUAAAUUACAAUUGCUUGAACCGCCAUCGUUGGAUGUUUUGACGGGUUUAUCAUCUGGGUUUUCUGGUAAUAUUUGCAAUGACGCCACAAAAGUUCCUGAAAAUCCCCCAGCUCAGUACGGCGAAACUUCUCUUAUAAAAGAACUGUCAAUCACUGCUGAAGCCACCUCCAGUAGAAGGGUUCCCCUUCACAAAGCUUCUGAUGGCAAAGGUUUGCGUCUCUUCCAAACCUCCAGUCCAGUUUCUGUUCUUGAAAGCAGCAGCUCUUGCUCGGUUGAAAAUCCCACAACCUUUGAUCCCAAAAUCAUUAUCCCUGUGAAGCGUGCUAGAAGCAAGCGCCGGCGCCGGCGCACGGAAUUCAUCAUUCCUUUCAUUUCCUCUGCUCCAAAAAGAUCCCAUCCUUGCGCUGCUUUUGAAUCAGGUUCAGAAACUGAUCUCAGCGAGAGAGCGUCAAAUCCUUUGAAAAGAAAAUUGAGGAAGAAAAAGAACCUGUCAGUGCUCUCAGGUGCCACAGAGAUGAACAACUAUUCCUGUCCAGAACCAAGUGCAGCUAGAAAAUGCAAGCACUGCCAGGUGACAGAGACCCCCCAAUGGAGGGAGGGGCCAAUGGGGCCAAAGACCCUUUGCAAUGCAUGUGGGGUUCGUUACAGGUCUGGCCGCCUCUUUCCCGAGUACCGUCCUGCAGCAAGUCCUACCUUUGUUGCAUCCUUACACUCUAAUUGUCACAAGAAGGUUAUUGAGAUGAGAAACAAGGCCAGUCCCGGGGAAAGAAUGACAUCGCCCCCAGGAUUAUCAAAUGGAUAGCUAUCUUUCAAGUCAAGGUUAUAUUUGAAAUGAGAACAGUAGUGUACUAGUUUGAAGCUCGCGUGUUCUCCGUUCCUCCUGGCUAUUUUAUAUUUGAUUAAUUUGUUUUCUGUACAUUAACGGAAUAAGACGUAGGAGUUGUUGAUUGCCGUAUGUUUUCCAGUGGGGGAAAAGGUAAGGCAACGGAGUUUUGAAACAGGUGGACAACUUGAGGGUUAAAUAGCUGUUGCCUGUCGAUCAGAGCCUAAAAUAGGACUAGCAAGCAAGUGCACUCAUGCUAUAAAAUUAUAUUCUCCCA